AGUUGGGUGUUCACAAGUUGCUGAGACGUUGCGCCGUGCGGGUCGGGGCUCAGGUUAUAUCGCACGUUUUACAACGCGUGAAUAUAAGAGUAAAAUAACAAGGAAAAAAAAAACGUUGCAAGGGCGCGCAACGCCUGUUUAUUGUUGUGUAGUCGUCGUGAGUCAUUGUUGUGUUGACAGUCGAACCGAGCAGACCGCGUGUCACUGCCGAUAGUUUCAUGUAAAACUAAAGAACAAGAGAACGACGAGGACGACGCUCCUUUAUAUCUUCUUACUUUGAAAGAGAAGCAUUAAAUAUUAAUUCCAACACCGGCGUGACAUUAAAUACGCGCGUGUUAUAAUUUUUAUCAAAUAAAUAUACGCAUACGUAUUGUUCAAACAUUUUCUUUGCAUUUUUUUUUUUCUGUUGUUCACGUGCUGCCCACGAGGUGAGGUGCAACGUGGUGACUGAAUAUAUAAAGGUAUUAUUGUUGCGUCAGCGAUGCAUAAAAUUCUAAAGUGUGUUUUAUUUAUGGAGUAAUAUGAAAGUUGUUAGUUAACGAGUAAUAUCGAGCUGUUGGGUAAAUAUAUGUACCUCAACUACAUAAUGUUGUUUCGACCUAUGCUUGAUGUUAUUUACUCGUGGUGAACGGUGCAUUGAGAACUACAUACAACUGUACGAUAAAGGACUUGAAAUCAAAGAACUGGAAUUGCGUUUCGAGUGCACGAUACCUACACAACACACAAAUAUCAAGGUCUUCGUCGUAUCGUAUAGUAAAUUUUGACGGGGUUGAGAAAUAAACAUACCCCAUCAUCAAUGGUGCGAAACUCAACAAUGGAGCAAACAUUUUAUGAGGAGAGCGGUGUGUACGCCGCUGCAAAUCGAGACAGUAUGAUGGGACAGCUAAAAAGAAGUCUCACGCUAGAUUUGAACGGGCAAAGACAACCGCAGGCCAAAAGGCCUAGACUAGGACCCCUGCCACCUGCUUUGAACAACGCAGCACCGGUUCUGAGCUCACCUGAUCUGAAUAUGCUUAAACUCGGAUCUCCGGAGCUGGAGAAACUGAUAAUAGCUCAGCAAAACGGUCUGGUUACGACAAUGCCAACGCCAACCACCCAGAUAUUGUUUCCAAAAACCGUAACGGAGGAACAGGAACUUUACGCGAGAGGUUUCGUUGAGGCUUUGAACGAGCUUCAUCACUCCGAUAGUUCGCAAGAACCCGGAAGCCUUCACGGUCCUACAUACACGAAUCUGGAACCACCUGGUAGUGUUCAAAGCACGGAAUCUCUGAGUCAAGGAUUAAUGCUGAUAAAGGAUGAACCACAGACUGUUCCGAGUGUUUCUAGUUCUCCACCAAUGUCCCCCAUAGACAUGGAAAGCCAGGAGAGAAUCAAACUCGAGAGGAAGAGACAACGGAACCGCGUUGCCGCGUCCAAAUGUAGAAGGCGUAAAUUAGAGCGUAUAUCAAGGCUGGAAGACAAGGUCAAAUUAUUGAAGGGAGAGAACACCGAGCUCAGCGCGGUUGUAAACAGACUCAAAGAACAUGUCUGCCGACUCAAGGAGCAAGUCAUGGACCACGUGCACUCGGGAUGUCAGAUAAUGCAUGUGGUCAGUCAAUACUGAGCUAAGGAGCUUGGCCCCUCAGAAAAUGGGGAUCAGGACUAAGGAAGUCUGAUUGUUUCGUAUGACGAUUCCUAAUGAAAUCUCAUAACUACGUGACAAAAAAUCUGACGGUCGACGCGACGUAAUUCCACCGCUCCUGCUGAUGAUAAUGAAGAUAAUCAUGAUGUUAAUUAUGACGUUGAUUCUGCGUUGCUGUCUCCGCUGCUGUUGCCUGCCUACGUGACGCGCCUCACACGGGCCUGACAAGCUACGCGGCGUUGGCUACAGCGGCCAUCUUGGAGAACAAGUAGUUCAGCGCACGCGCCAACUUGCCGAAGACUCCUAAAAGAAGAAAUUGUGAGGUGGUUGCUGCAAGAACGGAGAACAAAAGGACGACGACGAAAGAAACAGGACAAAAAUCUUGCGCUUAACGCCUAGAUUUUUGAAUCCAUGCCCUGGCUCAAACGAAAGCAGACCGCCAUGAGUGUAUACGAUUCUCUAAAUUUUAUUAACGGCAGAUCUGCAGCCGUUACGUUGCCCCCCAUCCCUCCCCACCAUGUUAUAACCGACGCCGAAUGCCGCUGAUGAAAAAAAAAAAUAAAAAAUUGCGGAUGAACGUUUCAUGUACACAUGUACAUACAUACAUAUACGCCCCGAUUCUUUCCUUGUGUAAAUUUAAAAAGGUGUACAGAGAUUAUGAGAUUCACUUUUCUAUAGAUCUAUAUACUGAUGAUUGAAAGAUACUUCAUAAUUAUUAUUACAUUAUUAUUAUAAUUAUUAUAAUUAUUAUUAUUGUCGCUAAUAUUAUUAUCAAUAUUAUUAUUAUUACUAUUUUUUUGUCAGUUGUGCAUCUAGUCCUGUCCAGUAUGCCCUUGUAACUUAUGACGAAUACGAUGCUGCGGUAUUUUUCACACUUCAAACGAGUUUUUCUUUCCUCAUAAUGAAAUUUUUGAUGCUGAAGAAUAGCACCGCUCGAUUCUUUUUUUUUUUUUCGUAUUCCUUUUUCUAAUUUAAAACAAGUCGCGUCCAUGGGCGGAUCACCGUUCGUUCGUAUGUGUGAUAAUAUAAGCGAACGGCCGUCCCAGAUAUGUGGUGGGGAAUACCGUCGGGAUGAGGGGGGAAGAGAGAACUCUAACCGGAAGUCGAGGAAUUUAUCGCAGAACGUAUAACAAGUAUGAGUAAGGAAUUCGAGAGAAUUGUGAAACGUGUAAGAUAUAAUAUCAAGUACAUCAAUUGUUUGAUUUUCGAUUUUUUUUCUAUGUAUUUUUCUUAUUGAUUUCAUAAAUUCUUUACAUAAUGGAGUUAUACACAUACCAUAUUGUAAAUACAUAGUAUAACAUAAUAAUUGAUUAAUGUUCAUUGAACGUUAUUGUUUCUUUUGGAUUUAUUUUUUUCUCGCGUUACUUUCUAUUCGGAUAUUAAAAUUGAUCAGUUUAAAGUAUAAAUGACAAUAUAGAAUUAUAUAUUAUUACAAAAAAGCAAAAAAAUUUAGCUGCCGUCGUUUUCUUCGAUACGCAUCUUUACGAAUUACCGUAACUUGAAACAUUGCCUAUACAUUUCAUAUAUGAAGCGAAAAAUAUCCAGCAAGACGUGUAUUCACUUCGUUGAAUGUAGUAAUAUUGUACAAAACGGACGCAUAGAGAAAACACGUUUUGCUAUGUAUUUCCAGCAUUUUUUUUCUUUUCAUUUUUCUCUACUUCAUUUUCUCUAAGUUUUAAGGGACAUGACUUGACGGUAAUUAGUUCUAAGUUAAGAAUAACUUUUCGUAAAAAAAAAGCAUCAAGGUAUUUAUUAUGAUUAAUAUUAUUGUUACUAAUUGACUUGAGAUUAUAAAGUAUCGAUGAAAGUGAUCGAUAUAACUAAAGAUGUUGAAAUAUAAUUUUAUUUCGUUUUUUCUUACACCCCUUUUUUAAUAUGCUUCACGAUAAACCAAACGCCGUUAAUGUAUGAUGAUCGAUCUUGUCAGUCGAGAUAUGUCCCUCGGUACUACUUUGACUUUAAACAUUACCUAUUAUACGAUGCUACUUUUUUCAUUUAAUCAUGUCGUUGGAUGAGAAUUGACGCGAAUUUCUUUGAAAUUAGCUCAAUUGUGUAAUUCUGCGUUUCUCUAUUUAACCUCACUACACAUUUAUACACAUAUGACAUGCACACUUACAUAAAUACAGAAAUAUAUACACGCCUGCACUUUUGCCCGUACCGUGCCUUGUUCUAUAAUAUUAUAAAUGAAAGAAGAAAAGAUGAAAAAAAAAAUUCACGAGCAAAAAAUUCUAAAUUGCGAAAUAGAAAAUUCAACAAUUCUAAAGUAAAUUGCUUAGCCGCGUGUAGAUACAUUAAUUUUGAAUCGCUGAAUCUUAUAACGUAUGUACUAAUUUAUCUUACAGUCAGAAAAUGAAAAAUCUAAAAAAUUCUAAGAAAAGAGAAAACCAAUAACGAAUAAAUUUAAAACCCUAAGAAAAGGUGUGCUUGAAUUUUCGCGUGAUUGGAAAACGAAGUGAUAACGAUUACGAAAUUAUAAUUGCACAAAA